UUCUCAGUAUGUGUGGAAGCAACGGAACAACGAGGUUCUCUCUCGGUGGAAGACCGCGGUACGAGUGACAGCCCGUCUCUGCUCUUACCUUACUCUCUAAACUCAAGUACCAUGGAGGAGUCAAGUAGUUGACGUUUCCUGCUGCAGCCUUUCUCUUUUAAGCUUUCUUCCCGUCAGAUCAUUGUGCUCCUGACCCGGUUUUUAUUGACGUUUUGAACUCUCAACGACCGACUCAAGCCUUACCCAUCCGACACCAUGAAGUACAUCAUCGGCAUUGGCGGAGUUACCAACGGAGGGAAAACCACCCUCACCAACCGACUGAUCCGAAGUCUUCCCAACUGCUGUGUGGUCCACCAGGAUGACUUCUUCAAGCCCCAAGAUCAGAUUGAAGUUGGUGAAGAUGGCUUUAAGCAGUAUGAUGUCAUCACCGCUCUGGAUAUGGAUGCCAUGAUGAGCACCAUCUACGCAUGGCUGGAGAAUCCCGUGAAGUUUGAGAAGUCUCAUGGCGUCAAUAACACCCUGGACUCUGAGAUUAUCCCGAAGUCUGACCGCAGCAAGGAUGAGGAGGUUCACAUCCUUAUUGUGGAGGGCUUUCUGCUUUACACCUAUCAGCCUUUGAUCGACGUGUUUAACCAGCGCUACUUUAUGUCCAUCCCAUAUGAAGAAUGCAAAAAGAGGAGGUGCUCUAGGAACUACAAGGUGCCUGACCCACCGGGUCUGUUUGAUGGCCAUGUCUGGCCCAUGUAUCAGAAACACACAAAAAUCAUGGAGGAAUCAGGUGUUGAUGUUUUGCAGCUAGAUGGAACCAUGACGAAGGAGAAGUUGUUCAACCUAGUCUAUGGUGACAUCCUGAAUAAAAUCCAAAAAUCUUUCUAACAAAGGUCAUGCGAUCGGCUAAGGAAAUCAUGUACUCGGUGUGCAAGCAGAAGACCAUCUUGCCUUAAUAUCUUUUAUACCUGGCAAUUAAUUGUCAAGAUUUUUUUUUUUAUAUAUAAAAUGCUUUACAGCAUGCAAUGUUGGCAUGAAUUUAUCUUUCGUAUUUAUUGCUUUGUUACAGCCUACACUCCAAAGAGAUCUUUUGGAAUUUUUUAAGAGAUGGUUGCACUAUGAGGCAUGUGUCAAUAAAUGAUUCUUCUGCCA